GUUUUAUUGCACAGAUCUCAGUGUCCUUCUGCAGUUCCCGUAGAUUUCCGCGCAUUCCGCAACGCCUUCGAAGCUGGUUUGACCCUCGGCGUCUGCCGUCGGCAGCCGCCUGCCAGCUGUCGGCGCCUUUGUGCGGCGGCGGAAGGGGCGCGGGGCGAGGGUGGCGAGAGCGGGGCAGGAGCCGCGGGAGGAGCGGCGGGCAGUGUUUCAGCCAUGUCUGACAAAAGCGAGCUGAAGGCGGAGUUGGAGCGCAAGAAGCAACGAUUAGCUCAAAUCAGAGAGGAGAAGAAGAGAAAGGAGGAAGAAAGAAAGAAGAAAGAAACUGACCAGAAGAAAGAUGUUCUUCCAGUACAAGAAGAAUCUGAUCUUGAAAAGAAGAGAAGAGAAGCAGAAGCAUUGCUUCAGAGCAUGGGGUUGACACCCGAGUCUCCUGUUGCUGUGCACCCUCUGCGAGUAGUAACAGCGGAUACCUGUCUGUUUCACUAUUUAGUCCCUCCUCCUACCUCUCCGUCCUCCAAAUCCGUGAGUACGCCAAGCGAGGCUGGGAGCCAGGACUCGGGGGAUGGUGCUGUUGGAUCCAGGACGCUGCAUUGGGAUACUGAUCCAUCAGUUCUUCAGCUCCACUCUGAUUCCGAUCUGGGACGUGGACCUGUUAAACUUGGAAUGGCUAAAAUUACACAAGUUGACUUUCCUCCUCGAGAAAUUGUUACCUACACAAAGGAGACACAAACACCUGUCAUGACUCAGCCCAAGGAAGAUGAGGAGGAGGAAGAUGAUGUGGUUGCACCAAAACCAUUAGUUGAACCUGAAGAAGAAAAAACAUUAAAAAAAGAAGAGGAGGAAGAAGCUGCCCCUCAUGAACUCACAGAGGAAGAAAAGCAACAAAUUUUGCAUUCUGAAGAAUUUUUAAGUUUUUUUGACCACUCCACAAGGAUUGUUGAAAGAGCCCUUUCUGAGCAAAUCAACAUUUUCUUUGACUACAGUGGAAGAGACUUAGAGGACAAAGAAGGAGAGAUUCAAGCAGGAGCAAAACUGUCCUUAAAUAGGCAGUUUUUUGAUGAGCGUUGGUCAAAGCAUCGUGUUGUCAGUUGUCUGGACUGGUCAUCUCAGUAUCCAGAAUUACUUGUAGCCUCUUACAACAACAAUGAGGAUGCACCUCAUGAGCCUGAUGGGGUGGCCCUUGUAUGGAAUAUGAAGUACAAGAAAACUACCCCAGAGUAUGUCUUUCACUGCCAGUCUGCAGUGAUGUCAGCCACAUUUGCAAAAUUUCAUCCCAACCUGGUGGUUGGUGGCACAUACUCGGGCCAGAUAGUGCUGUGGGAUAAUCGCAGCAAUAAGAGAACCCCAGUGCAGAGAACACCGCUGUCAGCUGCUGCUCACACGCACCCAGUGUACUGUGUAAAUGUUGUUGGGACCCAGAAUGCUCAUAAUUUGAUUAGUAUCUCAACUGAUGGGAAAAUAUGCUCUUGGAGUUUGGAUAUGCUUUCCCAACCACAGGAUAGCAUGGAGCUGGUUCACAAACAGUCCAAGGCUGUGGCUGUUACCUGCAUGUCUUUCCCUAUUGGAGAUGUCAACAACUUCGUUGUUGGCAGUGAAGAAGGCUCAGUGUACACUGCAUGCCGUCAUGGCAGCAAAGCUGGAAUCAGUGAGAUGUUUGAAGGACACCAGGGACCAAUCACGGGUAUCAACUGCCAUGCAGCAGUUGGACCUGUAGACUUCUCACAUCUUUUUGUCACCUCUUCUUUUGACUGGACAGUAAAGCUUUGGACAACGAAGAAUAACAAACCUCUCUACUCCUUUGAAGACAAUUCUGAUUAUGUUUAUGAUGUGAUGUGGUCUCCAACUCACCCUGCCUUGUUUGCCUGUGUGGAUGGGAUGGGCAGGCUUGACCUGUGGAAUCUCAACAAUGAUACUGAGGUGCCCACUGCAAGCAUCACUGUGGAGGGCAAUCCUGCUCUGAACCGCGUGAGAUGGACACAUUCUGGGAGAGAGAUUGCUGUAGGUGACUCAGAGGGACAGAUAGUUAUAUAUGACGUGGGAGAGCAAAUCGCCGUGCCCCGCGGGGACGAGUGGACUCGCUUUGGCCGAACGCUGGCGGAGAUCAACGCCAACAGAGCGGACGCGGAGGAGGAGGCUGCGACCCGCAUCCCGGCCUAGGAAUCACUGGGAAUCACUGGAUGCCAACCCCAGGGUGGCACUGCUAAUCCCAGCACAGGGAGGAAUAUAUGGAUUCAGCAAUGGACUUUGAAACGUAUUAAGAUCACUGAAAAGCAGAUCUUGCAUUGUUUUGUUUUAUAUAUUAAUUACAGGUACAUUCUCGGAUUUGUGUAACUUUUAAUACAGUUAACUUUGCAGGGAUCUUCUUUUGCUGAAACACUAACCUGGUAUAAAUUUGCUACUUGGCUUCUGUAAAGUCCAAUCUGAAACAGUAUCUUUCUGAAAAGGAAAAGUUUCACUCCUAAAACUUUCUGUAUUACAGAUUAACCUUCAUUAGGCAGUAAAUCUCUGAAGCAUUCUUUACUUUGAGCUCUUCAAAUUACCCAUGAUAUGCAUGCAUAUGUUCCAAGUUUCAUUGUUUAUAUAUAGAUAAGCCUCAGACUCUGGUAGUGGGUAAUAUAUGUGAAUAAAAAUUUGUCUGUAGUUACAAACUUAUGUGAUAAUUAGACCUGAAUUAAUGAAAUACAUAUUUAAUACUA